UCCGGAUGAUCCACGUCUCUGGUUCACGUCCUUCCGCUGUCGUCCCCACUUGGAACCUCUUUCCGCGACAUAUUCGCCGGAUAUCGGACGUGCUCGUCCACGGUGAAACGACAGUAUCGUGCGCUAUGCCGUCGUUGACGACGUUUCGCAUCGAUUUCGAUCGACCCGGUGCCACGUACACGACGGGCGAUACCGUCACCGGGAAAAUCGUCCUGGACAUCUUGAGGGAGAAGAAGGUCAGAGGGCUAACUUUGAACGCUAAGGGAGAGGCUCGCGUGCACUGGUCUGAAAGUGAGAGCCGUAGCAAUACGUCGCAGUCUAGACGUACCACGGAACAUACGACGUACCGCAAUUCAGAAGAAUACUUCCAAUUCAAGUACAACAUAGUUGGAACAAACAAACCUAAUGUCCAGGAGCAAAUCCCUGUCGGAUUCCAUAUGUACCCAUUCACCUUCCAGCUACCGAACAAUAUACCUAGUAGCUUCGAGCAUAGUUUCGGACGCGUACGUUACACGGUGAAAGCGGUGAUCGACAGGCCGUGGAAAUUCAAUCACGAGUGCAAAGCUGCGUUCACCGUGGUCUCGCCUCUCGAUUUGAACGAGAACCGUGAAAAAUGCAUAGGUGUCGAGGACGAAGCAACGCACAAAUUCUGUUGUUUCUGUCUGUUUUUCUGUAUCAAUCAAGGAUCGGUGAAUUUACGUGUUAACGUGCCGUCCUCUGGAUACGUUUCUGGACAGUCGAUAAUCUCGACCGUCGAUUACUUGAACUCUUCGCAUACCGUCAGCGUCACGGCGAUCACCACUAAGCUUGAACGAAGUGUGAAAUUUUACGCGUCCUUGCCAUCGAAGAAAGUGAAGUUCGCCGAAUCCGAGAUAAAGUCGACGAAAAGCUCGAGUCUGCAGGCUUCUCGAGGACAGGUCAGUUCAGACAUCUUGGUACCGCCUACGCCGCCGUCGAACCUACAAUAUUGCAGCAUUAUCGACCUAGAUUAUAAACUGAGCGUCUAUGUUCACGUUUCUGGACUACACUGCAAGAUCAAGAAGAGUUACCCUCUCUUAAUCGGAACAGUACCGCUGUAUUGCCAACCUUCAGCACCGUACUUGGACGAAACAGACCUUGCACGCAUGAUCACCGGUAAAGAAGCAGCUUCGACACGAAUUCCUAUGCCAAUGCCAAACGCACCUUAUCCCGUAGACGGUCCUCCUCACGAUCAAGCUGCAUCUUCCAGUUUCGUUCCUCUUAAUCAACCCGGCAUCUCGUCUACCAGCUACGACAUACCGCCUCCGUCUUACGAGGAGUGCGUGUUGGCAGCAGCUACCAUCAGAGAUCACGACGAGUCGAAUUACGUUUUCGGUGCGAACGAUCGUUUCGCUCCCAAGUAUCCUGUGUUCAAUUAUCCACCGCGGAGUGAUAUGAAACGUUGAUCUAUGUUAC